AUGUAUCCUUUAGGGGAAGUCAUAGGUCGAGACCAACUUGACAAACAGCGCUCUCUUUGCACCCAUCUCACCGGUCAUGGAGCUAAAUCCACGAACGUUUGCUCUCAAUAUGAAAUUCAAGGGCCAUGGAUCCGCCUUCUAAAUAUCUUCGUUGCCAAAGAACAUUAUUAUUCCUGCAUCGAGUGUCGGUCGAAGCUUAACGACCAAUCCAGUCCUUGUUCCCUCUGUACCGGUAGACUCAACCUCAUGAUCAAGCUCGUUACCUUUUUCAACAAGUCUCACGCCUCGUAUCCCAUCCCCACGAUCGGUCCAGAAUAUACGACGGAGGUAGAUGGUACAUUCGAUUGUUUCGGGCAGCAAGACGUAAAGAAAUGUUCAGGAUGGGAUCCGGGCCAUGGUCAGGAAAUCGAUGACUCUUCUUCAACAAUAGAGUCUUUAAACGUCAACAACGUCCGCUCAGAUAACGCGCAUGCAAGCCAAACUCAGUUGGGAAAGCGAAAACUGGCAAUAAAUCAGAACAGAGAUGAGGAUGAUGAAGGGGGCGCGACAAAACGACGACAUUCGGGUGCAAAGAAGGAGUUUUUUGCUUGCCCGUUCUUUAAACAUGACAGAGAACAACACAGCUCAUGCCGCAACCGGAAAUUCAAGAGAAUCUCCCAGUUGGAAGGACACAUCAUUCGCCGCCAUGCACUUGGGGAUUAUUACUGCCCCAGUUGCUACGAAGAAUUCCCAGACGCGGAUAUUUGGACCACUCAUUGUAGGAGCGCCAUUUGCCAAGCGGAGGCGACACCUCCUCGUGUUUUCGCUGACGAUUUCCGCACGCUCUGCCAGGGUCUGGUUUUGCUGAGACAUACUCCGGCCCAAAUGUGGUUUGCUAUCUGGGAUCACAUUUUCCCAGGCGUCGAUCGACCUGAGAGCCCUUACAUCUCUUGA